AUUGUUUAACGAGAUCCUCAACAAAAAACGGUGACAGACAGAACAAAAGGCAAUUGAAAUGAGGGACAUGCAACCCCCGUCAAUGGGACUCAAUGGAUUUGGCAGAAGAAGUCACAACUUUUCAUCGCCGUCUCUCGUCGAUUACAGAUCUCAGCCGCAUCAUUACGGAUCCCAACCAAGCAUAGUACAGAACGGAGGAAGCCAGUCUCCACCAGACUACGCCUUAUUGUUCGACGCACCAGUUGUUGUUCUCAGAUCUAAAAAGCCAAGCACCGUACGAUCAGCAAAAGAAGAAUCAAGGCUACGAUCUCAACAGCCACCAAGCAACAUUCAACGAGUUCAGGCAAUCCGUAGCCGUCCACAGUCCACUGCAUCUUACAACAGUUUAGCUUCAUCCGGAAUGGAAAAUCUCCAGUGGCGAAAUUCAGUUAUGUCCUCUGUGACUCCAGAUAAUCGCCGGCAUACGCUGUACGACGAAGAAGACAACCCACGAGUGGCACGAUUGGAAUAUUUUCAAGGAGAAGAGAGUGAAAUGUUGAAACGUGGCCAAGAUCAAGCGACAAAACUUCUGGAAUGGUACAAAGAACGUCUGCUUUCGGUUCAGAAAAAAGCGAGGCUCUUGAAACAAGGGAGUGUCUCACUGGAUCCCGCUGUACAUGAGCAGAAGCUCAACUUUCUCCGAGCCCACAUCACAGAGCUCAACCGUCGUAUUUUGGCAGUGAUGGAGACUAGUGAUAAAGGAUUCCCGACGCACCAUAACAGAACGGCUUCAAAUGGCCCGUCUACAGGUGCUAACGAUGACCAGCUUGUGUGGCUCCAUCGUCAAAAUCAGCGAUUGAAUCAGGAGCUGGCGGAAAAGUCGAGAAUGAUAGAUCAGCUGAAAAAAGAAAAUGAGAUGGUUAAAAAGAGUCAAGUACAAAGAGUAGAAAGAAAUGUUCCAAUCCAACGACCUUCUGCGUUUGUGAGGCCUGCUUAUCAAAUCCCCACAAUCAUCAAUAACAACAAUUAUCCGAAAAACCCAUCACCGCAUAAGAUUUAUGAUACUUUGAUGUAACUUUUCUUGAUUUCGCACUCUCAAAGAAAAAAACCCCUUCAACUUCUAAUUGCAAUUAUAGCCCC